AUGGAGUUUCUUAAGGAUUAUGACUGCACCAUUCUUUAUCAUCCUGGUAAGGCUAAUGUAGUGGCGGAUGCCUUAAGUCGAAAGUCGAUGGGGAGUCUAGCACAUAUAUCUAUAGAUAAAAGAUUCUUAAUUCGGGAGAUGCAAGGUUUAAGAGAUAUGGCUGUGUAUUUCAAAGUUUCAGAGACAAAUGCAUUGUUAGUAUAUUUUAGAGUUAGACCUAUCUUAAUAGACCGGAUUAGGGAAGACCAAAGUAAAGAUGAGUUCGUGAUUAAGGCCUUAGAGGACCUUCAAGGAAGGAAAGGAAAAAUGUUUACUAAAGGCACAGAUGGAUUAUUGAGGUAUGAAGCCAGACUUUAUAUGCCUGAUAGUGAUGGAUUGAGGAGAGAAAUCUUAGAUGAGGUGCAUAUGGCAGUGUACGUGGUACACCUAAGAGCUACAAAGAUGUAUCAAGAUUUGAGAGAGGUAUAUUGGUGGGAAAGACUUAAGAAAGAUGUAAUUGAGUUUGUCUCUAAGUACUUGGUUUGUCAGCAAGUUAAGGCUGAACACUAA